UCACUUCCCUCCAGGCUGUUCUCUAAAGAAGCUCCAGAGCGUUAGCGUUCGUGUAGAAGUAACUCCAAGAGAAGAAUCCACUUGUUCAUCAAUAACAGUGUCUCUUUUUAGUGCAUAAUGUGCACACAUGCUUAAAUUGUGCUUGCACAGGAAGAUGGAGUUUACAAGCCUGAACACGUCAACUAAAAGUGACAAUGCAGAUGGCGGGUGGCACAUGGUGAUUGCCCCUUGCUCAGCUGAGAAAAGCUCAGAUCAGCAAGACCAGCUGGACGGGGAGUCCUGUAGAAGCCUUCCAAGGGCACAUUUUCUGCGUCCUAGCUGUUUUCGUGCUGCAGCAGAGCGAGGUGCCUUCUCUCCUGAGAACUAUGACCUCUGCUUCAAGGGUGAAUGGCAACAGGAUCAAAGCUCCUGGGACAGGAAGAGUUCUGCAAGUGUGGUCCAUUCAUGUAGUUCAAACCCACUAGCACAGCCAGGAUUUUACAGUCCCAAAAUUCCACGAUCCAGACAUUGUGAACCUUCAACAGUGUUUUCCGGGACAAAAAACAAAGAGGAGCACUAUGCUCACACUUUGCCAUUACCUCACACCAAAUUAGCUGUUCUCAAUCAAAGUGAACUGUCCUGCAGGCCACAAGGAAUCAAGACCUCAGUAGUGGAAAAACCUCGACUGAUGAGAGCCGCGAUUACUCCAAUUAAUCCAAUCCAACAGCAGACAUAUGACCAAGAAUUUCAGCAAGUUAAAGACGAGGAGAUCCAGACUCAGUGUUUCUCCAGUAUGCAUGAGUGUUCACUGAACGUAACUAGAACAGAGAUCUCCAAGAAGGAGGAAUGUCUCUGGAAUCAUUGUGACCGUGCACAGUCCACAAAAAAACAGAGUUUUCUCAGUGUAAAGAAAUGGGCUCAAGAUCCACAUGUGUUCAACAACACCCUUACACUUUCACAAACUCCAUCUUCACCAGACCAUCAGAAUCUACAGAGAGAUAGUAAGCUUGCUGGAUACUGUAAGCUCAGUGUGUACAAAGGCACCUGUUUUAGCUCCCAUACUCUUCAAAAUGGUUCAAACUGCGAUUCAUCUGGCCAAUCUUAUGCCAGAGACACUCAAAGCAACACCAAACAGAAGAACAACCAAGACUCCAGUGAAGAUGAAAAUUAUUCAAUUAGCAACAGUAAUAAAAGGCGAGGGGACACAAAGUCAAAGAACGUGUUUGGUCAGCCCCGUGUGAUUGCUAUACUCCGGUCAAGCUGCAACCAACAACCUGUUCACAAGACAACUGUAGUGGAGGACCUGAAAAAACUCCUUCUCAUGGAUGAAGUUACUGACUCGCCAAGCCAAACAAACAGAAGUGCGACUGGUUUAUCUUCACCAAAGCCCAUAAUGUUCUCAAGCCCUGUUCUCUCCAGACACCCUGUCCCCAGACCCAACCAUCUCUCUCUUCAGUCUGACCCUACAGUGUGCCCGCCACCAUGUGGGCUCUCUGAUACACUUGUGUGGAACCGGGAUGAUCAAGAACCCAAGAAUCAGACCAAUACAGCCUGCAAGCUUGAUUGGAACAGCUUGUUGAAUGCAGCCAGGGCUUAUGAAACCCAGGAGAUGGCCAAGCUCCUGUCUGGUGAGUCCCAAAACAUGCAGUCAGGUAGAAGUCCUGAAGCACUCAAUCCACAGCUUCCAGAUGCUCUUAAUAAAACUUCAGAUGACUUUCAUGACCAGCUUUCUCACCUAGAGGACAUGCUGAUGAGGCUCAGCACUGAUCUCCUGAAGGAAAAGAAGGACAAAGUGGCUUUACUGGCUGAAGUGUUGAAACUUCACGUGAGCAACCAGCACCUGAAAGAAGAAUCGCUUUCGGCUAAUGCACAGCUGCACAAAAUCUGCCAGAUGUUUAACAUAAACCCUGAAUCAGUGGAGUAGAGGAAAAGAGGAAACAAGCACCAUGAGACUUUUAAUAACAAUUUAAAUGGUUUAAACAUUAAUUGACCAUGAAUAAAACAUUAUGACAAUGAAAGAGUUCUUUUAAGACUCCCCAAAAUGUAAAAAAAAAAAAAUAUUUAAGUUAUAUUAAAACCUGAAUAAACCUUCCAAACACACAA